GCUGAUAAUAGAACUGUGUCUAUCUCACAGGGCUUUUCUGAGGAUUUAAACGAGGCGAUGUGUGUAAAGUACUUAGCACAGUGCCUGGAACGUAGAAAAUGCCCAGAAAAUGGUUAGCUAACAGCCAGUAGGAAUAUAGUGGAAAAUGCAAAACAACGAAAUUAUAAAACCUGCCAAAUACUUCUCAGAGUUGGAAAAGAGCAUCUUGCUUGCUUUAGUAGAAAAGUACAAAUAUGUGCUUGAAUGCAAAAAAAGUGAUGCGCGAACUAUUGCACUCAAGCAACGCACCUGGCAAGCCCUUGCCCACGAAUACAACUCCCAGCCAAGUGUGUCCCUGCGGGAUUUCAAACAGCUGAAGAAGUGCUGGGAGAACAUCAAGGCUCGGACCAAAAAAAUAAUGGCUCAUGAGAGGAGAGAGAAAGUGAAACGGAGCGUCAGUCCGCUUCUGAGUACCCAUGUCCUGGGAAAGGAGAAGAUUGCCAGCCUGCUGCCCGAGCAGCUCUACUUCCUGCAGAACCCUCCGGAGGAGGAGCCCGAGUACCACCCAGACGCUGCAGCCCAAGAAUCAUUUGCUGUUGCAAAUAGAGAACUGUGCGAUGAUGAGAAAGAGUUCAUACGUUUUCCGGUAUGUGAGGGGACCUCUCAACCCGAGCCCUCGUGUUCGGCUGUCAGAGUAACAGCCAAUAAAAACUACAGGAGCAAAACUUCUCAGGAAGGGGCUUUAAAAAAGAUGCAUGAGGAAGAACACAACCAGCAAAUGUCCAUCUUACAGCUGCAGCUGAUACAAAUGAACGAGGUGCAUGUGGCCAAAAUCCAGCAGAUAGAGCGAGAGUGUGAGAUGGCAGAGGAGGAGCACAGGAUAAAAAUGGAAGUGCUCAAUAAAAAGAAGAUGUAUUGGGAAAGAAAGCUACAGACUUUUACCAAGGAAUGGCCUGUGGCCUCAUUUAACCGGCCCUUUCCCAAUUCACCCUGAGACUUAGGGGGUGACCCCCUUGUCAUUAAUGUGCGUCGGCAAAGGAAGUCCGGGACAUGUGACAUGUGGUCAGUAACCCCUAACAGAGUUACAACUAGGAAAAUUAGAGUGGUAGUAGUCAUUGAUGUAAGAAUACAUUCAGGUAAACAGCUACGCCCUCUGUACCCCUUAAGUGGCAAAGAAGCUGUUAGAGUCCUAAAAAUUAUCACUAUGAGUGCUAUAAUUCUGAAUGUAAUGUCUCUUUAAUUAGAAUUCAUACAAGAACCAUGUGUAAGUGUUGUUGAAUAUUUUUUAAUCAGGUGCAAGUGUGACUAUAAAGGAGGGUGUCUGGUUUUUUUUUUUUGUUUUUUUCUUUUUUUUAACAGACAGCACAACUUUUCUAUCCAAAUGAAUGCCAUCCCAUUGAAAGUAGCUGUCUUGGGAGGUCACGUGUUUCUGCAGCCGUGAUGCUGUGGCCAAGAACUUGCUGGAGGUCUUCAGGUAGCCUCCGGGAGAGCUGCAGCACUUUUUUCUUACUUUUUUUUUUUUUUUUUUCCCCAAUUCUCAGUGUCAUCCUUUGCGUGUGGGUUUUGUUAGUGUUUUUAAAGAGCCCAACACUCAGAUAUUUUUUUUCAAUAUGGCUCGUAAGCUACCGUUGAAAGCCUUUCCCCAAGGAGGAGUUCCAAAUAAUGGCUCCAACAGUGGUAGCUUUGUUGGAACUAGCUAUGUAAUGACUUUGUGGAAAAAAAUGUUCAUUGAGAUUUAUACGUUCUGUUAUGUUUGUUUUAUUAAAAAAAAAAAAAAAGACAAUUUUAUAGUCACACUGUGUAUGUUUCUUAAAAGGUGCUGCCUUCCCAGCUGUGCUCCAGCUUUGCCUUGCCUCUGUAGUUGUCUCCCAACUUCGUGUUCCUGAGUUGGUGGUUGUCCUUGAUUUUUGUCUUUAGCCACCUAAUCCAAGUCCCUGUGCUCAUGACAUUCAUGUAAUGCUGUGUGGUUUGCCUUAGACAGUUAGCAUUGGGUUUAAUUUUAAACAUGCAUCCCCGACAUAUUUGGAAAUACGAAUUGAUAAAUGGAUGCUUUGGUUGAAUUAUGACAUAGCUUCUCCUAUAGCCUUUGUGUCAAAAAUGGCCUUGGGGCUUAGGAACAGCUACUGAGCUGGAAGAAGCAAAGUGACACUCCAGCAUCAAAAUAGAGCAGCAGUUUCUGAGAAUGGAAUUUCAAGGUCCUGUGUGGCAAAGGCCAGACAAGGGAGUGUGGGGCUGGGAGUCAGAACUGGAUUCUAAGCUUGGCUGUGCCUCAAGUCACUGCAACCUUGGGCAACUCUUUGUAAUCCUUGGCCUUGGCGUUUCUUGUCCCUAAAAUAGAGUAGGCAGUCUAGAUAAUGUUCAGCAUCUGUUACAACCCCUUGACUGUGCUGUGGUUGGUAUGGCCUUAGAUGGACACUGGUAAUGUCCUGCCUGUCCAGACGACACAGGGCGGUGGGGAACGAUUGUUUAGUGCAUUGGCUGCGCAGUUUUGGGAAUUUGGAUUCUGGGAACUGUACGCUCAGAGAGAUUGCAGAUAGACACCUUAUUUAUGCAUUGCAUAAAACUUACAUGGAAACCAGUUUCUUUUAUACACCAAAAACAUUUUAAAUACCUUUGGAGGAAUUUGAAGGAACUCGGCAAAGACUAGUCUUCUUUGACAGGAAGGAUCCUUUUGUGAGGAUUUGUGUUCUUAAUUUAGUUUUUACUACAUGGAACCUUUAGACAAUGAGGGAUAUGGAUAAAGUCCCAAGCUUCGGUGGCUGUAGAAGACAGAACUAGAUUCUGCAUGACCUCCCACCGCAUCCCUUCAGGGUGAGCCAGGGCAUGGCAGGCUUUAAACACAGGUGGGACCUGAGAACAGUUGGCCUUUGUGUCAUCUCUUGAGCCAUCUGGAGAUCUUAAUAUGCAGAUUCUGAUUCAGUAUUCUGGAGAGAGGCCUGAGAUUUUACAUUUCUUACAAGCUCCCAGGCGAUGCCAGUUGACCAAACUUCAAGGUUUUAGAGAAUCCUGCGAAGCUUUUACUUAAAGUUUUGAAAAGUUUUACUUCAAAAAAAAGAAAAAUUGGGUUAGGUACCUGUUUGCGUACAGUGGCAUGCUGGAUGUUAUCUUUCACGCAGAACUUAGGACCGAAACGCACAGACGACAAUGCAGAACCACAGAGAAAGGCUCACACACAGUCGUAGAGUUUAAUGGAACUAUAAAAGCAUUGAACUAAUUCCCAACAGAACACAUAAAGGAUAAUUAAACCAGCAGCCUAAAGCACUUUGAUCUGAUGUGAUUGCUAUUUAUGUGUUUAUAACAGUUGUUUUCAACCUCGGCUAUGCUUUAGCAACAGUGCUUGAUAAACAAUCAGGGUUCCAUUCCCAGAGGAUUCUGAUUUGGUUGAACUGGGUUAAGGCCUGGUUCUCUGUAUUCUUUCAGAAGCUUUAUGAGGGAUCAUGAUGCAUUAUUAGGGUUGGGAACCAGUGGUAGAGAGGGUCACAAAUGCAUCUCAUUUAUCCUUAUCGAUCCUAUGACAUUGGGUAGAAAUGAGGAAAUGAUGCUCAGAGAGGAACAAACUGGCGAAUGUCAAAGCACAACCUCUCCCGACUCCAAAACUUCUAGCCUCUCCCGCCUGCCCCUUCCCCACCCUUGGAAGCAGUAGCAUGGAUUUGUUUUAUCCUGAGAGCCAGGUUACAUCUCCAGGGUACUUGAUGCAGUGUCUCAUGUGUGAAAAGAUGCAUCCCAGUUCAUUUCACUUUUGAGCAGUUUCUUAACCUGAGGUGGAAAUGCAGUAACUAUUAAUUGAUAGGUGCUAUAGGUAAUAGAUACAUAUUAAGACAGUUCACCAUCCUUCACCCUGCCCAGUCACGGAUACAGCCCAGUAGGGGAGGGACGGCUUGUAUGCAGCUGUCACAUACAUGAUCAGUGCAUGUCUUCAAGUGCAUUCAUAGCUCAGAGCAGAGAGCUAAGAAGCUUGAAGGGAGGCUUCACGGAGGAGGCGGCAUUUGAACUAAGUCUUUAGAGUUAGUAUUUUGGCCGGUGGAGGUUUGCAAAGGAGAGGGUCUUCACUAGACACAAGGCCCUGCUGAAGUUUCAAGGCGAUGAGACAUAAUUGGGAGGCAGAGAAAGAGUAAGGGGACUCUCAAAUUGGGCAGUAAUGUGAUCAGAACCGUGCUCCAGGAGGAAAGUGAGAAAAUGGACAUGGAUGGAGAGAAGACUGGAAUCAGGGAGGACGGUUAGGGUGAGAUGAUAUGAGGACCCUGACAAGGGGACCCAAUGUGAUCUUGUAGAAGGGGCUGAGCAGUUGAGUGCUUUUGUUGGAGAGGAGGGGGUAUGGUUUUGAAGCCAGUUGCCUGAAAGGGUGAUGCUGUCAAUUGAAACAAAGGAAGGAAGGAAGCACUUCUGGCUCUGACCUGUCCUAGGAGGGGCCUAGAAACAAACUAGUGCUGCUGCCUCCCACCCAGCCUUCCACCAGCACCUCCACCCAUCUCCUCUGGCUAAUGCAUCGUUGCACUGACGUCUGCCUCUUCGGCUGCCUCUGCUACCACGUCUACCUGUUCACCUGAUACCUUAGCCCCCUACUGCUAAGUCCUCGGUCAUCCCUCCUGCUUGGUCCUGCUUCUGCUGUUAGAGCCUCUGUUGGAGCUGGUGGUGCUUUAAUCACUAUCUCUCAUACUGAUGUAGCACCAGGAAGAUCAGAGAAAGUUUCCUUCUUUGCCUUGGUCUCCAAUUUUCCUCUAGACUCUUGGCACCUACGAGUUUCAGCAUUUGUUUUUUUCCCCUAAUGUCCCAUGUUAUAUGAGAAUGUUGGCUGAGAGGGGCUGUCCAUCCCUAUGUUUGCCUGUCUCAGCAUGAAAUCCUAUCCUAGGAGGCAUCAAUGAUUUAGGAAGUAACUGUUCUAGGAUUUUUUUGCAGGGAGAAUCCUAAAAUGCAUUGGCUUUUUUUUUUUCUCCUUAAGAAAGAGAAUAGAAGGGUAGGGGAAGAGAGGUGACUUGGAGAAGAGAGUAUUUGAGUUGUCAACACUCUCCGCAAUGUCAGGUCAGUUAUCUUGCCACUUGAACUGGUCCCGAGGAAGGGGACACUUCUGCCUCUUGGGAAUGCCAGAAGGACCUGACAGUAAUAUUUGGCAAAGUCAUAAGGAGCGGCUCUGUCAUGUCAUUGCUAAGAAUUACCCAUUAAACAGCAUUUCUGGGUGUCUGAGCUUUUCAAAUGGGAUGUCACUCCUUUAACGCCGUGGCUUUCCUUUCUGUCUGUUGUGCUGGUUCCCCGCUGGCCCUCUGGCUCUUCCUUGCUCUUGCUUUGAUAUCGGUCCGUGUCUUCUCUUCUGUCUUCCCCCUUCCCAGCCCUGUUUCUCCAAGGCCUGCUUCUGCAUUCACGACAGCUUCCUCUCUCCCGGGUUUGAGAGGUGGAAUGGUGCGUGAAUAUGUGUGAGGGGCCUGGAAUCAAUAAGGUGAAGUUUAGCCUUAGACCAGCCAUGCGACGAUAACUCGCUUCUGGGCCGCACCUGCUCCUUUCCUGCUAGUGACUCUCAGAAGUCACUGGAAAAGUCACCCGUGUCCUGACUGCAACAAAUUCUUUUCCUAAUUGUGCCAUAUUUUAUGCCGUUCAACACAACCUACCAUUCUCUGCCUCAGUUUCUCCGUCUGUGAAAAUGGUGUAAUACUUAUCUACCUCCCUUGAAUAUUGUGAAGAUUAGUAUGUAUGUGUUGGUAAAGCACUUUUAAAAU